AUGUCUACGUGGGGAGAGCAUUUCCGUGUCACCACUUAUGGCGAGUCUCACUGCCGCUCUGUCGGCUGUAUCGUCGAUGGAUGCCCCCCGGGCAUGCAGCUCACCGAGAACGACAUCCAGCCUCAGAUGACUCGUCGCCGUCCUGGCCAAAGUGCCCUGACUACCCCGCGGGACGAGAAAGACCGAGUUGAGAUCCAGUCCGGUACAGAGUUCGGCGUCACUCUGGGCACACCAAUUGGCAUGCUGGUCCGCAACGAGGACCAGCGCCCCAAGGAUUACGGUGGCAGCACAAUGGACCUGUACCCCCGCCCCAGUCACGCCGAUUUGACCUACCUUGAGAAGUACGGCGUGAAGGCCAGCAGCGGUGGUGGCCGCAGCAGUGCCCGUGAGACCAUCGGUCGUGUCGCCGCCGGCGCCAUUGCGGAGAAGUACCUCCGUCUGUCUCACGGCGUUGAAAUCGUCGCCUUCGUCUCCUCCGUCGGCAACGAGCACCUCUUCCCCCCUACCGCUGAACACCCCUCCCCUUCCACCAACCCCGACUUCCUGAAGAUGAUCGAGUCAAUUGAUCGCAACACCGUGGACUCCUUCGUCCCCACCCGUUGCCCUGACACCGACGCCGCAGCCCGCAUGACCAAGGUCAUCGAGAAGUUCCGUGACAACCACGACAGCAUUGGCGGAACCGUCACAUGUGUCAUUCGCAAUGUCCCCGUCGGUCUGGGCGAGCCCUGCUUCGAUAAGCUCGAAGCCAAGCUCGGCCACGCCAUGCUCAGCAUCCCUGCCACCAAGGGCUUCGAGAUUGGUUCCGGUUUCGGCGGCUGCGAGGUCCCCGGCUCUGUCCACAACGAUCCCUUCGUCUCGAAUGGUUCUCGCCUCACUACCAAGACCAACAACUCUGGCGGUAUCCAGGGUGGCAUCUCCAACGGUGCUUCUAUCUACUUCCGCGUUGCAUUCAAGCCUGCCGCCACCAUCGGCCAGGCCCAGAACACUGCCACUUACAAGCUCGAGGAUGGUAUUCUCGAGGCCAAGGGUCGCCACGACCCCUGCGUCACACCUCGUGCCGUGCCUAUUGUUGAGGCCAUGUCCUCGCUUGUUAUCAUUGAUGCUCUCAUGGCUCAGUACGCCCGUGAGAGCGCGAAGAACUUGCUUCCCCCCUUGCCCGAGACCAUUCCCACGAAGCCUGCUACCAGCGGUGCUUCCGCUUAA